CCUGCAAAGUGCAGUGGAAAUAUCAAUCUUCUGAAAAUUUAAGGCCUGUAGUGUCUAGAGAGCACCAAAGAGGUUCACAGUAUAUACUUCGACUGGGGGAAAUGACUUCAACUUUUGUGAGAAGUAGGCUAGAAGGCAAGGUAGCACUAAUCACCGGCGCUGCUAGUGGAAUUGGCGAGUCGACUGCUAGACUGUUCUCCAAACAUGGAGCUAAAGUUCUGAUUGCAGACAUCAAAGAUGACUCGGGAAAGAAAGUAUGCGAAGAUUUAGGACAAUCAUCAGCCUCUUUUGUCCACUGUGAUGUAACUAAAGAAUCCGAUGUAGAAAUGGCUGUUAACACAGCUGUUGCCAAAUACGGGAAGUUGGAUAUAAUGCACAAUAAUGCUGGUAUAGCGGGAAUAGCAAAUCCCAACAUUCUUGAAAAUGAAAUAUCAGAAUUCGAAAAGGUUAUUAGUGUAAAUCUCAAAGGUGCAUUCUUGGGGGCAAAACAUGCUGCGCGGGUAAUGAUUCCUAAUCGCCGUGGGAACAUAAUUACAACUGCUAGUAUUUGUUCGACCAUAGGUGGUGUUGCUUCACACGCUUACACAAGUUCAAAACACGGGGUGGUUGGACUCACAAGGAAUAUUGCUGUGGAGCUUGGAAAAUAUGGCAUUCGAGUAAACUGUGUGUCACCACACCUAGUUGCUACACCUCUAGCAAGGGAUUUCUUCAAAUUGGAUGAUGAGGGAUGCCAUGGUGUUUAUUCCAACCUCAAAGGUGCUGUUCUUAAGCCAGAGGAUGUGUCUGAAGCUGCUCUGUUCUUGGCAAGUGAUGAGUCUAAGUAUGUGAGUGGACACAAUCUUUUGGUUGAUGGAGGCUUCACAAUUGUCAAUCCCAAGUUUUGCAUGUUUGAGUAAUCUACGUACAAAUUCCAUCGUUUAGACCUUCGAAACAUAUUUUUUUUCCCUUUUUUGGUAAUUUUCUUUUAAUAAAUAACUUCGAAAUUCAAUUCCGUUUGUUACGGAUUGAUCUGGAAGCUUAGGGACUUUAAUUUUCGAUACUUGACUUUCGUCACUAUAUAGAUCUCCGUCAUUAUCUAAAUUUGCGUCACUAUAGUUAUCUUACUUUAAUUAAGGUUGUAAGCCUUGGUGGCUUUCAAUUUCUUGAUAUAAUAAAAAACUCAAUUUUCUCUCUA